UUUUCGAAGCUAUCUAUGCACUUUAUAAAAGUCUAAAACCCUCCCUCUGUAAAAGAUUCGGCAUUUUGUUCUUUGAUGGCAGCGCUGAAAAGAUUGAAAAUGGCCGCUACCUUCUUUAGGAGACUCUCCACAGCUGCCCCUGCUACUUUAAACAAUGCAUUCGUAGGUCAACCCAAGUCGGGUUUUGCUGGAUUUCGCUUCGCAGCCAUCGCCGCCGUUGCCGGUGGGAUGGGCACUUACUAUUUUUCGGAAUCAAAUUUGGUUCAUAUGGAUCAAAUCAAUGAAGAGACUGGUCCAAAAGUUGCUUUGAAGCCUGAUAAGUGGCUUGAAUUUAAGUUGCAAGAUACCGCAAGAGUUAGUCAUAACACUCACUUGUUCAGGUUUUCAUUUGAUCCCAAUGAAAAGUUGGGUUUGGAUGUUGCUUCAUGCAUUCUUACAAGGGCUCCAUUAGGACAAGAUGCUGAAGGAAAAGCCAAAUAUGUCAUAAGACCGUAUACUCCUAUAUCAGACCCAGAUGCUAAGGGUUACUUUGACUUGUUAAUCAAGGUUUACCCAGAAGGAAAAAUGAGUCAGCAUUUUGCUAGCUUAAAACCAGGUGAUGUAGUUGAAGUGAAAGGGCCCAUUGAAAAGCUCAGAUACUCUCCCAAUAUGAAGAAACACAUUGGCAUGAUUGCAGGUGGUACAGGCAUAACUCCAAUGCUUCAGGUAAUUGAGGAUAUACUGAAGAACCCUGAUGACAAAACUCAGAUGUCACUUCUUUAUGCCAAUGUCUCCCCUGAUGAUAUACUUCUCAAGCAGAAGCUUGAUAUACUUGCUGCUAUGCACCCAAAUCUUAAGGUAUUCUACACUGUAGACAAUCCAACAAAAACUUGGAAAGGAGGUGCCGGAUACAUUUCAAAGGAUAUGGUCACAAAAGGCUUACCUUCUCCUGCUGAAGAUACUCUUAUCCUUGUAUGCGGUCCACCCGGUAUGAUGGAACACAUUUCUGGUGGUAAGGCUAAAGACUAUUCACAAGGAGAGCUAAGAGGCAUACUCAAAGAACUUGGAUACACCGAACAAAUGGUUUACAAAUUUUGAAUGAUAGAAGCAUUCAUUCAUUCAUUCAAGGAUUUGAAGAGAUGAGAGCCUCCCGUGGUUUUAACAUAAGUUUUGUGCAAUAAAUUGUUUCUUGAAAGAACACUAAAUUGGGGUAUCAAAAUAAUAUUUGUAGCGAGACAUAACAAAUGUAAAAUGGUACAUUUCCAAAGGCUUGUACCGAUGAAAUCAUAACACAAAGAGCUCUAUGGUGACCCAGUUGUUG